UAAUAAUUAUGAUAAUUUUGGUAUCAUACCACAAGUAUAUAGUCCACCUGAUUUGGCUCAACAACAACAAUUAAUGUUGGGAGAUUAUGCUAAUCGGCCACUUUCUCUACUUCCUCCAACAUCCAUUUCCUCAUUUA